GCAUUCCUUUUGGCGACGGGAGGCACUGGAUGGCGCUUCCAGGCUUCUUUCGGAAGGUGCUCAACCACUUGGGAUUCAAGAAGGAGGGCGAAGAUGGGAGGAGGCGAGAUGGAUUUAGCAGGGGGGGAGGGGGCGGAGGAGGAGGAGGAUUCAGCACCAGGAUGGCGAUGCCAGCCCCCGGGAGCACAAGUGACGGAGGAGGCCCAGUGGUGUCGCAAUGCAAUUAUGGCAAUGGUGGAGUCCAGGGACUGAGGUGGUAUUCGCAGCUCCUCCGAGCGGACGAGGACGGAGACGUUGCUCAGGAGUUUCUGCAAGAAUCACGCGAUCACAGGAAGCGGUUGAGACUGGAACUAGUCGACACGCGCACAAAACCGGUCAAGCUCAAGGGACCUUUGUGUGCUCUCGACGGGAGUGUACAUCAGUUUGUGGAAUUAGCUGGAGAAAUCUACUGGGCCUGAGUCGGGGAGACGAUUCAUAUGUCCCCUCUCCCUC